GGCUAGCUUAAGACUCGAAAGUCUGGCAACACUGGACGCGGAUGCACCAGGGCCAUAAACAUCAAAUAAAACAUAAACAAACGCAAAAACGACGCAAUGGGCUUUCCGCGCAUCCUCAGCAAAAACAAUAAAAUCUACACGAAGCUGGGCGAGUUCUGUCUGUCGGGCGACAGCUUCUGGAUAGUGUGCCACACGUGCCAGGAGGAGCUCCAAACGCAGGAUCAGUUCUGGAAGCACAUCCAGGACGAGCACAACUUUCUGCAUGGCGUUGCCAAGCAAGACCACAGCAGAACCUCCAGCUACUGCCUUACCGAUGUGGAGGCGGCAGCGGGAGCGGCCACGCCAGGCGGCAGCGGUUCCCAGGGUGCGGGCAGUGUUACGGCGGUCACAGUGCCACUGGCUUUGUACCAUUGCUCGACCAAAUACUCCGAGGAGGAGCAGCGCGAGGUUGAGUUGCAUGAGGCGCAACAACAGCAGCAGCAACAACAGCAGCAGCAGCAGGUUCAAGUACAGCAGCAGGUUCAGCAGCAACAUCAAGCCCAACAACAGCAACAGCAGCAGCAACAACACCAACAGCAACAGCAGGCGCACCAGCAACAGCUCCAGCAGCAGCAGCAGCAGCAGCAGCAAAGGGAUGUGGCCAAGGAGCUGGCCGAGCUGCAUGCCAAUGCAGUAGCCGCUGCCACCGCUGCUGCAGCAGCCAUUGGCGGUGGCGAGGGCAGCACACGCAGCAGCAUUGACAUUAAAAUCGAACCCAGCCAACUUACAAUGACGCCAGAGAUGCAGGCCGCGGCGGCAGCGGCAGCAGCGGGCACCAUCUACCAUCUGCCGCAACUAGUGCCGGCUCCAGUUGUUCCGCCGCCGCCGCCCACGCCUGGCUUUGUGAGUGUCAGCGCCAGCACCAGCACCUCCAACACGGUCAGCACCACGCCGCCAAAUGUGACGGCUGUACUUCAGCAGCAGCAGCAGCAGCAACAGCAACAACAGACCGGAGCGGGACUCACCAAUCUCAGCCUCAGCGUGACGCCGUCGACUGCCAUGGCCGCCGCAAUGCUGGCCGCCAGUCAGGAGCUGCCCAAAGACUCGAACAGCACGACGGCGAGUGCCGGCAGCGCUGUGUCCUCGGACGAUGGCGAGCGCUGGUACGUCUGCGACUUUGAAACGUGCGGGCUCAAGUUCAAGUACAAGUCACGGAUGGAGCUGCAUCGCGUGGUGCACAGCAAGGAGCGGCGCUUCAAUUGUGAGCUGUGCAGCGCCUCCUUUAAGCAGUCCUGCAACCUGUCCACGCACCGGAAAAAGAAGCAUGCGCUGCGAGGCGUCAAGAACGAUAUACUGCCGCAGCGCUUCUAGGCCGUAGAUCGUAGUUAACCAGGUCCUGCUCCUGCUCCCUCCCUGUCACUCGUUUAGCCAGAUUCUGGACUGCAGCUUGUAAACCUUAAUCCCUGAUCCCAGGCUCCUCAAGUUCUAACUUAGUUUAACUACCUUAUUUUAGAGUUUAAACCGGAGACUACCUCUGCUGGCCAAAAGAUUGUUUUUUAUAUUUUAUAGCUGGCAAGACUCCCCUUUGAAGGCUUCUUCCUGUGAAGGUUUUAUCUCUGCUUAAAAUUGUAAAGGUUUCCCUAUGCUUUGUCCAGCUAUGGCAAUCCUUUGGCCAGCAGGACGACCUACGGUUUUAUAUAUAUAUAUAUACAUAUAUAUAUGAAUAAUUAUAUCUAAUUUAGAUAUAGUUCCCCCUUGUAAAUGUAAUGCGAAUGCCCGAGCGAGGUUAUGUUAACCUUCCUCCCAUUAACGUUUAAUUGCGCCCUAGAUGUAUGUACAUGCAAUCUUGUAUAUAGUGGCUAAGAUAAUACGAACUAGCUCGAUAUCGUUGUGGACAUCGAGGUUAGCAGUCAGUUGGUUCCGUGUUACGUUAGUUACUCCCACUUUUGCCUAGUAACUGCGACCAGUGCGCAACAGUGUAUUUACCAUUAGAUCAAUCAAUCAAUCAAACGCCGGCAAGCUAAACGGCAAGGCAACAAGCAACAGCCGAAACACACAACAACCAACAAAGCGAACAAGAAAAUACAUCAAAAAUACAUUUAAUAAUUGUUUAAACUAUAAA